AACUUCCGCGAUAGGUGAAGGAUCACUGCAUGUAUUCGUAACAGCUAGUUGGAUAUUUUUGGUUUCAGUUUUGACGAUAAAUUUUAGCCAGCGAAAAACAUGACCGUUGUUUAUAUUUCAAAAGUAGUUUACAUUUACUUCACGCUGUGUUACCUUCAGCACUGUGCAGCUGUCCAUUCCAUGGAAUUCUAUUUCAUGGGGUCGCAAGGACUUCAGUUACCUGAGUAUCUCGAAGUCAUCACAAUGGAUAAUGUGACAGUGUUUUCCUACAACAGCACAAUGAUGAGCGCUGCAGUGCCCCUUCCUGAUUGGCUGAAUAAUCACGAUGGGAUGCAGCACUGGAAGGACAUUAACACCAUAGCAAUACUGAACCAGAAUAAUAUGGCAAAAGCAGUGGAAGUUGUUUCCCAGCAUAUUAAUCAAACUGGAGAAUCUCCAUUAAAUGUCCAUUCCUACCAAGGAUAUGGCCGUUGUGAUCUACACCCAGAUGGACGAAGUCAGGGAUUUUUGACGCAUGCGUAUAACGGCAGAGACUUUUUGACUUUUGAUAUGAACAGCAAAACGUGGAUCGCCAUAAUGCCGGAAGCUGCUGUCUACAAGAGGGAACGGGAAAAAAAUCCCAUUUUGAUUGAACGCAUAGCUAACUUUUAUCAAUAUGACUGUGCUGAAAGGCUGAAGGUAUUCCAAAAAUAUGCUCCUAUGUUGCAAAGUAAAAAAGAACCAAAGGUCUUCUUAUAUGAGAGAAAAGACUCAGAUUUUUUAAGAGUUACUUGUCAUGUGACUGGAUUCUACCCCUGGGAGGUGCAAGUGGAGUGGCAGAAAGAUGGCUGGCUGCCCCUAGUAGAGGGAGUGACCAGUGGUGAGGUGCUGCCCAAUGGAGAUGGCACUUUGCAGCUGAAGAAGACACUCACAAUAUCGGGAGGAAACCAGGGAUGUGUGACCAUUCAGAGCUACACGUGCUUGGUACAGCACAGCAGUCUGUCCCGAAACAUCACCAGGACAUGGGCUCCCAACAGAGAUUGUACUACUGCCAUGACUGUUGUAGGACUGUCACUGGCCAUUCUUGUAGUCGUCAUCGUCUGGAAGUACAGAUUAAAGUUACAGCAGCGUGGUUCCCCCUCUGGCCCCCCAGGCACUGGCCAUUUCGUCCUCGUGACUCAGAGACGGGGAUCACAGUGAGCUCUGGGCACAUUUAAGCUAAAUGUUGACCUUUAGAUCUCGCACAGCUGGACUGACCAAAAAUAAGGAAAUUUAACGUGUCAUAACGUUUUAGUUGUGAUAUUAAUUUCUCAUCAUUAACUUUUUGUUACUCAGGUUAACAUUGUAUCUGUGCGGGAUUGUAUACUUUAUGUGGUAUUUUAUAGUCUAUAUUUAUCUCACAACAAUUCAGGGCUAGGGUAGAAAACUUCUAAUAAAAUUUGCAGAGUCAGUACUCUCAGUAUUCUGUUUAUUGCUCUGUGGAGUUUUUCUUUAAUCACUGACACGAUUUGUCUGUAAGUAUCAUGAUUUGUAUAAUACUUUGCAUUAUGCACAAACAAUGUGUCUAGGACAGGCUCCAAACCCCUCGGCACCCUGAAUGGGACAAGUAGUUACAGAAAAUGGACAGAUGUUCAGUUGCAUGCAAUGUUAUAUGUAAAUAUUACCUGUCUAUGAUUUCAUAAUAUUCAUGUACAUUAUUUCUUUGUAUUUUUUGCCUGUAUAAUAAAAUAUUGUUUCCUCUAUAUAUCAGCA